AAACAUUUCAAACUGAGUCUGAAAUUUGAUCAGUCCCCACAGACUGGAGUUAUCGAUCGAUUGUAACGAUCCAAAAGCACGAGUGGCCAGCAGACAAUAAUCUAACUACAGUCUCUACUAAAAAAACCUACUUUGACUACCAUUCGCCCAUCUAGCAAGCCUGAUACCCUACGCACCCCGUCAUACCACAUAAGUUCUCCCUAUGCCACCAGAUAUUAUCACCUACCGUUUUCGUGGAAAUUUGGUCUACGUGAAACCUGAGCUAGAUUACAAGGUCGCUCUAAACCUUGCUCGAAGCGAAUUCGUUGAGCUUCAUGGGGUUUCUCAGCACCAAAUAGUGUUCAUUACAUACGCCAGCGUUGCUGGUCAGCGUACAUCUGUACGAAUUUCCGCCAGCGCAUGGGCCUCUACGGUAUCAGCGAUGCUUCGUGGAGAAAUCGUAGAUAUUGAGAUUAUGGGGAACCCUGAUAUCUUCCUUAUCGCGCGCCGAUUUCACCAGUAUUUGAAGGCCAUCGCAUGCAUGUAGCACUGGGUCUGGGUCCUAUUUCUGUAGUCUGUUGGGUAUGUUGCGGACUGAGAUCGCUGGCGAUCGUACGAAUUCUUUACAGAGGGUGGCGCAGUUAGAAUUCGGCAAAGGGAUAUCCGCUAUCUUAUAUAAUAGCAUAAAAUCAGCGGACUCUGAAAUCUACGGCUUCUCCCAUGCCGCCUUUGUCACAAGGAGUAGACGACGACGAAUAUGUUCUAUGUCUCCUCAAGGCUGUUUUCAAUCUCAAAUACGAGAUGACAAUGGUGUAUGUUUGGGUGAAUAUUUUGGAAUUGAAUCCUCAGCUAAAUCCAGCUCUA